AUCUCCUCUCUCUCUUUCUGGCCGUCUCUCUCUAUCCUCCUACUAGGGUUAGGGUUUUUAUCUUCUUUUGCUUAGAGCUAGGGUUUUCUCGUCCUUUCAUUCAGAUCUAUUGGAUUUCUCCCCAUCUGAUUCUUCUUCUUAUAGGGUUAGGGUUUCCAUAGAUAUGAUGCAACCUGCUGCAGGCGUCGUUCCACCGCCAAUGGCUCCUUCCGCCAUGGAUCAGCAGCAACACCACCACCAACAGUAUCAACACCAUCCGCAUCAGCAGCAACAACAACCACAGCAGCAGCAGCAGCCAUGGAUGAUGAUGCCGCCGCAGCCUCAGCCGCAGCAGCCCCCGCCUGUCUGGAACCAGCCACAGGUGCCGCAACCGGCUCCACAGCAGCAGCAGCAACCGCCGUUGCAGCAGCAACCGCAGCAGUCUCAGUAUCCAGCUGCGGCGCCGGCUGCGGCGCCGGCCCAGCCGGCGAGUGCAGAUGAGAUCCGGACGCUUUGGAUUGGUGACUUGCAGUACUGGAUGGAAGAGACCUAUAUCCACGGCUGUUUUGCUCACACUGGAGAGGUUGCUUCUGUGAAGGUCAUCCGGAAUAAGCAGACUGGGCAGUCGGAGGGUUAUGGUUUUAUUGAGUUUGUAAACCGUGCUGCUGCAGAUAGAAUUUUACAGACGUACAAUGGCACCCUGAUACCUGGUACCGAGCAAGCUUUCAGGCUUAAUUGGGCAUCCUUCAGUGCUGGAGAGAGGCGCACUGAUGAUGGUGCUGACUUUCCAAUAUUUGUUGGCGAUUUGGCUUCUGAUGUUACGGAUUACAUGUUGCAAGAGACAUUCAGGAGUCACUACUCCACAGUUAAGGGUGCAAAAGUUGUCACUGAUAGAGCUACCGGACGCUCAAAGGGCUAUGGGUUUGUGAGAUUUGGGGAUGAAAGUGAGCAAGUGCGUGCCAUGACAGAAAUGAACGGAGUGUUCUGUUCUACAAGGCCAAUGCGGAUCGGCCCAGCAGCUACUAAGAAGAAUACUGGUGGACAGCAGCAGUAUCCUGCAAAAACUUCUUACCAGACUGCUCAAGCAACACAGUCCGAGAACGACCCAAAUAAUACAACUAUAUUUGUUGGCGCUCUGGAUCCAAAUGUUACUGAUGAUCAUUUGAGACAAGUUUUUAGCCAGUUUGGGGAAUUGAUACAUGUUAAAAUUCCUUUGGGAAAACGUUGUGGGUUUGUUCAAUUUGCUAACAGAGCUUGUGCAGAGGAGGCUUUACUGAUGUUGAAUGGAACUCAGCUAGGAGGGCAAAAUAUUCGUCUUUCUUGGGGCCGUAGUCCAAACAAACAGCCGCAGCCAGAUCCAAACCAGUGGAAUGGUGGUGGUGGUGCUGCUACUGGUGGUUAUUAUGGGUAUGGGCAGGGCUAUGAAGCGUAUGGAUAUGCGCCACCUGCGCAAGAUCCUAAUAUGUAUGCUUAUGGAGCUUAUCCUGGGUAUGGGAACUAUCAGCAACAACAGUGAUCUUCGCCGGUGAUCAGAGAGAUGUGGGAGAGAGGAGCAGAGCAUUGGUUUGCUUAUGUUUGUUUUGGGGGAGAGUAUUUUAAUCUGUUCAUGUAACGUAUUUAUUUGCAGUCUGUGUAGCUCUUCUUUUGGAGGUUAGUUUUUCUCUUUCUAUCAGUUCUUUUUCUCUAUGAAGCUUUUGUUUAGCUGAGAAAAGAGCUGCUGCUGAAUUGAGUCGGGUCUCCCAUGGAACUGUCUCACAUUUGGCGUAUUUUAAGACCAAUCUAACGAUAUGAAGAUACUUUGCCUGGUUGGGUGUGAACUUGUUAUUGUUUAUGAUCAGGAAACUAUAGAAUCUUGCACUGGA